AUGCUCCGCGACGAGCUUCUACGAUCUAAGAACGAUGAGAUCGCAAACUGUUUGUCGCGCAGAAAGCGCAAGCUCAGCGCAUUAUAUCUAGCCACGGUCGGGUUUGGCGCGACCGAGGACGCUCAUUACCGUCAGAAAGAGCAGGCUUUCCUUGACGCCAACGAUCUCACCAAGGGGCGUUACUUUAAUGAAGCUACUCUUCCGCCGCCAGCCCAUGUGCGCGUGCGUUCACCAACUAGAGAAGCGGUUCCCCAGGCAACAGCGACUGGCAUCGACGACAAAGCCGUCGGUAUCAGCUCGCCCUCAACUGCCCUCGUCGAUGGAGGCCUUCCGCAUGCGACCGAGCUCGGACAGCGCGCAUCACCCGUUCUAGACCAACCUGAGACUGCGAUACCUAAUAUUUCACCUACCCCGGUCGAUCCGACCGGAUCACGUCGGCCAUCCGUGCCAACCAAUACCACAAAGCCGCUGCAUGAUCCUACUCCAUUGCAGACCACCGCCGAAUCACCCGAAGCAGUGCGCGCCGACGAGAAAGACAGUGUACUGGUUCCAAAAACACUGCCUGGUGCUCACGAUCGCGAUGGAGAUUUGGCAAAGCUCUCCCCUCGCCUGUCGAAGUCAACUACCACCGGAGUCGCAUCACUGGAGAUCCCUUCCGACCCUCUCCGAAAGAAACGCGACGCACGACCAUCUCUUACGUUAGGGCUUUCUCAAGGCGAACAACCACUAUCGCCCGCUUCUUCAACCGACCCCUAUAAUACUAAUACACCUAUUCCUGUUGGCGCAUCACCCGAUACAAGCCCCGCAGAGGAAGUGACGGAGGAUGUUGCGACAAUCGAUCGCCAAAAACAUAAGCAUGACCGGUCUGGCCGUCCUCAGCCAAGCUUGAUUCCUUCGACAGCAGACGAGCAGUUGCGCUUCGAAGAAGCUCAGUCAAGAAUAACUCAGCCCUCUAAUGGCGUGACCCAUGAUUUGCCCACUUCGAAGGAGGUAAUUCAGGAGGACGUGGACGUUGAAGCCGACGCAGAUCGAAUGGUUGUCGAUCAGGAACCUACCGCUGUGUCUCCUGAAGCCAAAUCGCGGCAAGCAGCUGACGCUCCGGCCAGAGACUCGUUGUCACCGUCCGCACGUGUUGAAGCUGUCCCAGACUCUGCUGUUGAAACUGCCACGACUAGAAAGUCCGUCUCUAUCCCGCCUACCCAGCCCGGAUUGUCACAACCGGAACGCAUGACCACACGAGUAUCAUCAGGAGCUAUCCGCCACAAGUCUGUUUCUGAGAUCCUUGGGGAGACCCCUAAGAGUGUCAAUCAUGACAGGAGCCACCCUGCUACUCCCUCUGACCAGGCCUCUCCUGAUUCCGUCGCAAGAAUGCGCUUCAAGGACCGGAAAGAACGGGAGAAAGAAAGAAGCCGACUUUCUACCGUUGUGUUCCCCAAACAGCCAGCUGCUCAGCAGGAGAAGGCUGACUCCAUGGAAUUGACACCCAGAGACAUGGACGCGGUGGCCAAGCUGAAUGAGGAGCAAGACUAUCUUUUCACUUUGUUCUUGAACCGAGCAUACGCUCCUCCCCGGGGAACGAAUCUCAACACGCUAUUAGCAUCUGCACACAAGACUCUGAGCACGAACAGUCAUCUGCUUGAAUACAAAGAGCAAAUGGAUUGCCGAACACUUCGGCGCAUCUACGCCCUUCAGAAUGCUAACCGAUGGCCACUGCGACAACUGAAACGGUCUGUUGAACCACCCCGUCAAGGGUCGCAUUGGGAUGUUGUGUUAGAUCAUAUGAAGUGGAUGCGCACCGACUUCCGGGAGGAGAGAAAAUGGAAGAUUGCUGCUGCGAAGAGCUGUGCCGAUUGGUGCGCAGAGUAUGUCAACAGUGAUGAAGAACAUCGGGCUUUGCUUCGUGUUCAAGUAAAGAUUCCAAUGUCAACUCCGGCAGAGAAGGAUGCCCCCAAGCCGGUCCUCAGCCCACCCUCCGAGGACAACGGCGACGAAGUGUUCGGUGUCUCCCAUCCCACCCCGGAUCUCGUUCCAUCUGCCGAGGAGGAAUCGGUCAGCGAGUUCAACGAUGAGCCCCGACACGACAUCCAUGACACAGUCGCCCCUGCUGCUAUCUUCUCCCUGGGUCCUGAUGAGUUUAACUUCUCAAUUGACAUGAACCCCGCUGCCGAGAAGCUGCUCGACGAACUGCCGAUAUACAGUCCUCUUCAGAUUGCUCCGGCGACCAAUUUGCCUGCUUUCAAAACUCCCCCGGACUCUGUCUGGAAGACGGAACUCCUACCGGUGUCAAAGUUCGCCUCAGCGAAGAUUAGCUUCCGUGAUGACGAGCCGCCUCGCAAACAGAGUCGAUACGAUUACUCCCAGUAUCGCAAUAAUUCGGAUACUCACAUCACCGAGUUGGCACCUGAGCAGACUAACGUUGCCCUCUUUCGACCAGAGAAUAAGCCUAUUCGUGAUCGAAUCCACCCCGGCCAUCAGUUCCGGCCUCCGACUGAACACCCCAUGCCGUCUGUUGGUUUCUUCGAAUCACGCUCGUCCUCGCAGUGGACUUAUGCCGAGGAUGACGAACUUAGACGCCUGGUCAAGGAGUACUCUUACAAUUGGUCUCUAAUCUCCAGUUGCCUUACCCCUUCAUCACUUUUCACUUCCGGGGCCGAGAGACGGACGCCAUGGGAGUGCUUUGAGCGAUGGGUGGGGCUGGAAGGUCUUCCUGCGGAUAUGUCCAAAACUCAAUAUUUCCGAGCUUAUCACCAGAGGCUUGAGACUGCCCAGCGUACUGUGUUGGCACAGCAGCAGGCCGCUCAGCAGCAGCAGCAGCAACAACAGCAACAGCAAGGUGCUAACGCUCAGCCUCAGCCCCCUGUUCGUCGGAGGACCACUCAGCCUCUUCGGGUUGACCGAAGACGAUCUUCGAAACAUCUUGCUUUGCUUGACGCGAUGCGCAAGCUGGCCAAGAAACGGGAAACUAUGCUUCAGAAACAGCAGCAUGCUUCUCAUCUUGCAUCAUUGCGAAAAGCCAAUGAGGCUAACCAACCCAAGCCUCCAAUCUCAUCUCCUGCUGAAUUCAGUCGACUGAAGUAUGACAGAGAGAUGAAGCUGCAGGAAAGACAGGAGCAGUAUCGGCAGCAAAUGAUUGCGCAGCAACGAGCAAGUCUCGCGGCUCAACGUUCUGGCCAAGUGCCUAACCAGCCGCAAAUGAUGAACGUGGCCGGGCGCAGCAACAUGGGCCCCACGUCUAAUCCUAGCCUGCCGGGUGGAACCCCUAAUGGAAUGAGCAAUGGGCUGCCUCCCAAUGCUGGCGCAACCCAAGGUCGUGCCCUUCCAAUGCAGAAUAUGCCUAAUGGUGCACAACCCAAUGGCCAAAUGCCCAAUGGCAUGACCAUGAAAAUAAUGCCACAAGCUCAAUUGCAGCAAACACCAGGUACACGCCCAGGUCUAGCGAUGCAAGCCUCCCCCGACAACGCACGCGUCAUUCGAGAAGCCAAUCGCCUGCAGGAGCAGCAGCGUGUUCUCCAGUCUCGGCAACAACAUCCCCAGCAAGGCCAGCAAGGCCAGCAAUUCCAUAACCAGCCGUUCGGGUCGCAGGGAUCGCCGAAUCUCAACAUGUCCAAUGCCAAUGGCACUCCUAAUAACCCCGCUUUGAUGGCUGCCCUCCAAAAUGGGGGAAUGCAGAGCCCGUCGUUCCACGCUGGGACCCCGCAAGGCGUGUCAACUCCGUCGCCACGUAUGGGCCAACCCAAUCCCCUUUCGAGCGGUGUUGUGCCUCAAAUCAGCACUAUUCAGAGCCAGAUACAGCGCACCAAUCCCAAUAUGCCACCGGAGCAAGUGACCAAGCUGGCGACGGACCGACUCAACCUAUACCAGCAACAGCAACAGCAGCGCUUGUCCCAACAAGCUGCAAUGAAUGCUGCUGCUGGUAGCAUCAACGCAAAUGCCGUCCAGGCUAAUUACCAGGUUCCCCAUGAGGCCAGUUUCCAGACUCCGAACGGGGGGUCUUCAAUGCAGGUUCCUCAAAACCAAGGGUUUUCCCCAAUGAUGCGGGUCCCUCAGGCUGGACAGCAUAACCGCGUCGGUCCGACUAGUUCUCCUGCCCUGAAUGGUGCUGUGGUCCAACCCAGCCGCAGUGCUACUCCUCAAACCCAACGCAGCGGCAGUUCCCAAGCUGGCGCCGCUCAAGGCUCUAGCAAGAGUCCUCAUGCCCCGGCAGCCCAGACAGCGAGCAGUUAA